AUGAAUCGUCGCUCAACCAUUCUAUCUAACCGAAUUCAAGAUUUACCUGAGAUACAAAGAACUCAACAAUUUUAUGAAGGAGUAGUAGUCAUAGAUCAAAUGAAACCAUACAUAAACAUACCAGAUGUGAACAGCGGUCAAUAUACUGAAGAAAGUGAUGAAGAGCAGGUAAAUGCAGUAGCUGAAGUAGAGAUUCAAGUAAAGAAAUCAACAGCAUUGGACAAGGUACAGUCUGGGCGAAGAAAAAGAAGACCCAAGUAUCUUGAAGAUUAUGAAUAA